AUGUCGAGCGAAAAACUCAAGCCCGAAGAACUGCCCCAAGAGGAUGAAGUCCAGGAGUUCCCAGAUGGAGGAUUGCGAGCAUGGACGGUCGUGCUGGGCGCUUGGUGCGGUCUGACACCCACAUUUGCUGUGAUGAAUAUUGGAGGUGUCCUAGAGGCAUGGCUCGCAGACCAUGAAUUGAAGCAGUAUUCAAAAUCCACCAUAUCCUGGAUCUUUAGCUUGUGGUGCUGCCUGCUCUACAUUGGAGGCAUCUUCGUCGGGCCCAUGUUUGAUAAAUACGGAGUGAGAUAUACUGCUUUACCAGGAUCUGUUGGAGCGGUGCUCUCUAUUAUGUUUCUCAGCGUUUGCACAGAGUACUACCAGUUCAUCCUCGGUUUCAGCGUCCUAGGGGGGCUAUCAUUCUCGACCCUCAUUACGCCCAGUCUCGGCUGUGUCGCUCACUGGUUCAAUAAGAAUCGUGGCCUCGCCAUCGGUGUUGCAUGCACCUCUGGAGGCAUCGGAGGAAUUAUUUUCACUGUCAUAUUUGGCGCUCUGAGCAACCGCAUUGGCUACCCAUGGACGAUUCGAAUUCUAGGCUUUAUUUGUCUCUUUCUAUGCACCGUGAGCAAUGCCCUGCUACGCACUCGAAUCCCCCUCUCCCGGCAUAAAGCCGCAUACCUCGAUAUUAAGGCUCUGACCGAGCCGGUGUUUCUCGCAACUACACUGUCUGUCGUGCUAGCUGAAGCCGGUUUGAUUAUUCCCGUCAUUUAUCUUCCCUCGUAUGCACUGGCCCAUGGCAUCGACAGCGGACUUUCUUAUCAACUCAUGAACAUUUUCAACGCAACAUCGAUCGUUGGGCGUAUCAUCCCCGGAAUUCUCGCAGAUCGAGUGGGGCGCUUCAAUGUCAUGACCGUAACCAGUGCCACCUGCGGCAUCUUCAGCUUUGCAUUAUGGUUGACGGCUCAUAACAACCGUGCUGCGAUACUGAGCUUUGUCGCUCUCUGCGGGUUUUGGUCGGGGCCGGCAAUCAGUCUCUCUCCUGUGUGCGUGGCUCAAGUCUGUCAGACAAAAGACUAUGGCAAGCGAUAUGGCACAGUCACACUUCUGAUUGGGAUCCUGCUUUUGAUUAUUGUCCCAGUUGCAGGGGUUAUUUUGAACGAUCAAAACCCCUCGGGGCCGCAAACGAAUUAUUCGGGCCUGAUCUGUCUCUGCGGCGGUCUAUAUGUCUGCUCUAGCGCAUUCGCCUAUAUUGCCAAGGGCCUUAAAGUUGGGUGGAAAAUCAGUAAUAUCUUUUGA